UAGGCUGCUGCGGCGCAUGCGCAAUGCCGCAUACUGAGACCUAGGGCGAGUUAGCUAUCUGUUAGCAGAAGAAAGGUUCCCACAAUAAACACGGCGAAAUGUUUCGGAGAAAACUGACCGCUCUUGAUUAUCACAACCCCAACGAUUUUAACUGCACUGAUGAGACUCAGUUCAGGAACUGCAUUGUGUGGCUGGAGGACCAGAAGAUUCGACACUAUAAAAUCGAGGACAGGGGCAACCUGAGGAACAUCCCCAGCGCAGACUGGCCCAAAGCCUACCAGAAAUACUUGCAGGAUCUGAACUGUCCGUUUGGAGUUGAGAAGAGGCAGGAGGCGGUGGACUGGCUACUGGGCCUGGCGGUACGAUAUGAAUAUGGAGACAAUGUGGAUAAGUAUAAGAACUGCCAGCCGCUGGCCGCCUCCAGUAACAGCGAUAAAGCAGUGGACCCUCUUGUCAACCUUGACAGCAGUUCUCCAGAUUUCAAAGCAGGAGUUACAGCUCUGGCCAACAUCCUCAAGAUACAACGACACGACGACUACCUGGUUAUGCUCAAGGCUAUUCGUAUUCUGAUCCAGGACAGACUCUCUCCAGAAGCCAUCACUAGAGCCAACCAGAAUAGAGAGGGUAUCCCAGUAGCUUUGGAUAAGCACAUCUUGGGCUUCGACACUGGAGAUGCCACUCUCAACGAAGCGGCCCAGAUCCUGCGCCUGCUGCACAUCGAGGAGCUGAGGGAGCUGCAGACCAAGAUCAACGAGGCCAUCGUGGCCGUUCAGGCCAUCAUCGCCGACCCCAAGACGGACCACAGGCUGGGCAAGGUCGGCAGAUGAGAGGAAGAAGAGGGGAACGCCGGAGGAAGUGAAGGAGCGAACUGACUGAACCACAGGAGUUUUCAACUCUUCAGCUUUUUGUUGUUGUUUGAGUGGACUUACAACACGUUUUUUUUUUUUUCCCCGUUGUUGCAAUACUGACGUUCAUUUUUUGUACGGCGGCGCAGAUAAGUUGAUGAAACUCCAUUAGCAUUUGAAUCAGUGCGUUUUUUUUCAGAGACUGAGGUUGAACCUUCUGAUAAUGUUCCAGCAUCUCUCCUCCUGAAAUACUCAAACUGAAGAUUAUAUUUGUUUCUGUUGUUUCGAGGGAGGGUGUUUUCUUUUGGCAGAUUCUAGUUAUCUUGAAGUGGUUUACAUGGAGGCUGUGUGGGGAAAAUAUAUAAAUACAGCUCAACAGUC